AUGAGGUGUGUCAUUUCUAUUAAAGAUUUACGCAACCAAUUUACAGAACAAUUAAAAUGUCUAGAUCUUAAAUUGGAUAUUGAUUGUACUGUAGUCGCUGAAUUACAAGAUUUUUAUCGUCGUCGAGCUAGUGUAGAACAGGAUUACGCAGAUGCUUUAGCUAAAUUAGCUAAUGGAUUGAAACAGCGUCAUGUAAAUGAAACAGCAAAACGCCCUCAUUGGGCUCCGUAUACAACAACUACAAUAUGGAAUACACUUCUUGGUUCUACAUUACACUUAUCUGAAGCUCAUGCAACAUUAUCUGAUAUUUUCUCUAAGCAAAUGGUUCAACGUUUAGCUGAUAUGGAUGAAGAUGCUGUUCGCCUGCAUAAACAGUGUCGUGAAAUGAUGUCUGCAUGCCAAGAUCGUGUUUUAGCCAACACAUCUAAACUUCAAACAGAUCAACGUGAAUAUGCUCAUCGACAGGCUGCAACAUUAGAAGCUGAUCGAAUACGUCGUCGUGCUGAAGAUAAACUGUUAGCUGCUAAUCAAAAAGCUCGAAGUAAAGGUAAAGAUCCUGAUAAUAGUCAAAGAUCAAUGCGUGCACAAAAUGAAUAUGAUUUGAAACAAGCAAAUUUUAUCAAUGCAACUAUUGCAACAACUCGUGCACGAAAUGAAUAUUUAAUUCAACUAUGUGCUACAAAUCACAGUGUUCAACGUUACUUUACACAAGAAGCACCGGAUAUAGUCGAUUGUCUUGUUUGUGGCUUUCAUAAUAGUUUAGCACGUUCAGCAAUGAUGCAUUUAAGUUGUGAAGAAACUUUAAAAUCAUGUCAUGGUUCAAUUGUUGAAAUGUUGAACAGAAAUAUUACAGCAAUUGAUAUAAGACAGGAUAAAGCAUGUCAUUUCACAUUUAUGCCAUCAAAAGAAGACAAUGAGGAUAAAAUUCGUGCAGACGGCCCAUUGUACGAUGAACUGCAGAAUACAGCUAAUCAAUUAAGGACCAGCAUAGAAACACUUCGGGUAUCAACAGAUGAAACUUGGAAAACACUAGAAGAGGUUGAAAAAAAAUUACUCGAAUUGAUCAAUCAAAAAGACUAUGAUGUUUCACGAUUAUUUUGUUUUGAGAAGCCUCGUUCAAGACGAUCACUUGUUGGUGUUACCACUGGUGUCUCCUCUAGUGUAUCAAAUAAUUUGGUUACUUCUAAUCCUUUAGGAAGUAGUAUAGGUAGUAUUGGAACUAGUUCUAUAACUUCUUCUGCAUCAUCUAUAUCACCUGGUACAACAAGCGUUGUUAGUAUACAUUCCAGUCAACAGGGUAUAACUACAACAGGACGAAGUACAAGUCCUGGUCUAUUGCCAAGUUCAACAACAGUUAUAUCUUCUAAUCAAAGUAGUGGUUUACAAUCACAUGAUACUUCCAGUAUAUCACAUAUUAAUCAGGCAGUAUCAUCAUUCAGUGGAAAUGAUCCUACCCAAGCUGGUUUAUAUCUUAGUCUUAGAUCCUUAUUUCGUGAUGCUAGAAUUGAACAAGAAAAGUUCUACUUGGAUAGAUUUUCUUUCUAUACUCAAGAAAUGCAUGUUUAUCAAUUGAUGCAAGUAAAACUUGCACAGAUUCAAAAUGUAUUAGCAUCUUCACAGAAUAUUCAUCAAUAUGAAUCAACUCCUCAUAUAUCAACUUCUUAUCAAAAUUUAAAAUCUAUGCUUCGACAUGGAAUUCCUGUUUUACCAAAAUUUCCUGGAUAUUCACCUAUCCUUUCUUCAUUUAAUUAUGAUGUAAUUACAACAUCUAUUUCAAGUCCUAUAUUUUCUAAUUGUACUACUACUAUAAGUUCAAGUAAUCAAUCUGGAUUAAUUAGUAAACAUCAACCACGUCGAGUGUUACGUGUUCCUAAUGUAGGAAAACCGAAAUUGUUUGGUGGUACAAUUGAUGAAUAUGUUGAAGCUACUAAACAGCCAAUCCCUUGUAUUAUACUCUCAUGUACUCGUGUUAUUAAUGAAUUUGGAAUGCAUCAACAAGGCGUAUUUCGUGUAUCUGGUAGUCAAGCAGAGAUAAACGAUUUUAAAGAUGCCUUUGAAAAUGGUGAUGAUCCUUUAAUUGGUAUACAUGAACCAAGAGAUAUAAAUUCUACUGCUGGAUUAUUAAAAUUAUAUUUUCGUGAAUUAGGUGAACCACCAUUUCCAAAUACUAUUUUCUUAGAAUUGAUAAACAUAACACGUGAACGCUUGGAAAUAAGUGAAAUGAUUCAACGUUUACGCCAUGUUAUUACUCAAAACUUGAGUAGGCCAGUUUUUGUAGUAAUGAGAUAUUUAUUCGCAUUUCUAAAUCAUGUAUCUGAAUAUUCUAAUGAAAAUAUGAUGGAUGCUUACAAUUUAGCAAUAUGCUUUGGUCCAACUUUAAUGCCUGUCCCAAGUGAAUAUAAUCAAGUACAUUAUCAACCUAGCGUAAUUGAUCUCAUUAAAACAUUUAUUAUACAUCAUUUAGUAAUAUUUGAUCAUAUGCUACCUGGACCAGUAUAUCAUAAGAAUAAUAACAAGUAUAAAGAUAUUCAUAAAUCUGUUGAUAGUUUAAAUUCACAUCGGUUAUCACUUUCAUCAAAUAAUAAUAAUGAUAAUAGUGAUAAUAAUAAUAAUAGUAAUAAUAAUAAUAAUAGUGUUGCAGAAAUCAAUUCAGACAAUAAUACAACUAAGAAGAUGAAUGAUCAUUUAUUACGAUCAUCAUCAUCACCAUCAUCAUCAUCAUUAUCAAAGAAGCAAACUUUUCAUAUCAUUCCUAAAUCAUCAAUUGAUGAAUCAAAUCUAGUCAAGUAUCAAUCAUCUACACAUACAGAUAAUAUUGUACAUAAUAAAGGUAUAUUAUCGAAUGAGGAGUCUGUUAAAACUUUAAGUAUUGGCAGUCUAAUCGAUAAUGAUACAUCAUCCAAGCAAGUGUCUCAUAUGAAUGAUGAAGCUGAAACUGUCGGAGAUGAUGAUUAUGUAUUUGGUGAAGAUGCACAGUCUAUAUCUGAUAGUGAAGACUCUGAACCAGCGUAUACAUUGGCUAUUGCUCGAGCUGAUUUUACAGGAUCUAGUGAAAGAGAAUUAUCAUUUUGUCAAGGUGAUGAAAUAUAUCUUUAUCGUCAAUUAAGUCAACAUUGGUGGGAAGGACAAUUAGCAUCAGAUUGUCAGUGUACACGUGGUCUUAUUCCUCAUUUAUAUAUUGUACCAAAAGCUGCUCUUUUACAUCUUGUCACAUGUAAUAAUAAUAAUAAUAAUAAUGAUGAAGGUGAUAGAGAUGAAAUGAAUAUAGAUAUCUCUAAACAUAGUGGUUGUACACCAAGUGAUGGAAGUUUAAAUAAUUUAGAUAAUGUAGAUGAUGAUAGUGAAGAGAAUGAAGAUAAUGAGAUGAAUAAUAAAACUAUACCAGAUAAUGGUAGUCUGUUAAAUUGGAAUUAUCCUUCUGAAAGUUUAAAUGAACAAAUUCUUUGUGAUAUCAAUGAUAAAAAUAUAAGAUAUUUAUCAGAGUCUGUAAAUACUGUUAUAACUACAGAUCAAAUGAAUCAAUCAGAAAUGUUAAAUAAAGCCAAAAUUGAUGAUGACAAGUCGUCAACACCUAUCAUUUUGGAUAAAGGCAUGAAAACGGUUACCAGGUGUGAUGAUGAAAAUCAAACUUCUGUAUCAGAGAAUUCAGGCUGUAAUGAUAUGAAAAAUUCAUCAGAAAUUGUUGGAAAUCCGGAUAAACUUUUAGUUCAUCGAUUCAACCAGCGUUAUACUGUUAAUUAUCCAAUUUCUGGACCAUUAGGUUCUGUUCCUGAGAAUGAAGUUAUUUCACCUAAUAAUGAAUUAAUCCAAUCAUCUCCAACAUAUAACUUCAGUGGGUCUAGUGUUCGAUGCACUUCACAUCCUCCUGUCGGUGAAGGGAGUACCACUCGAUUUUUGUUUAAUUCAGAUGUUGAUACAGCUCUAGAAGAAGUAAUGCGUGGUUUAGCUUCAUUGGAACAAGCAGAUAGUUGUAAAAGUGAUUCAAGAACAUUAGAACGUAAUCAAGAACUUACUCGUAAACUUUGUUUACCCAGUGCAAAACAUGCUCCAGACUUAGUAAUGGAUCUUCCUGUAACAUCAGAUAAUCAAAUACAAAAAAAUGAUAUAUCAACUACUAAUUUCAUUCAUAUAGAAACAGGUGAUAGUUUUGCUGAACAUUUUGCUGAACAAAAUUUGGAUACAAUGCGUAAACGUUCUGAGGUUCAUACAACAUUAUCUUCUCAAAUAUCUAAUCGAUUUUCUACUAGUUGUAAAAGUAGUAAUAGUAAUAGUAAUAAUAAUAAUAAUAGUAGUAUGUGUAGUACAAGUUGUGGAGAACUUGGUAAAGUUAUUCUACGUAAUAAAAAUAGUCAUAUCUCAGAAAUGCCUAUCAAUUCAUCAGAAUUUCUUAGAACUAAUUCUAUAAAAGAAGAAGAAAACAAAGAUAUAUUACAUACUUCUGAUGAAAUAAUUAUUCAACCGAAACUUUCAAUAGCUGAUCGUGUAGCAGUUUUUGAAGCAAAUAAAUCAUCAGAUUCAAUUCGUUCUUCCAUAAUUACAGCUCCUAAAUUAGCUCCUAAACCUAAAAGAAGUUAA